ACGACCGUCCCGUCCAGACAAGGGAGGCUAGGACAGCACAAAGCCCGUCCGAUGCCGAUCCGUGUAUAAUCGAAGAGCAGCAAGGCAGCACACACCAGGUGCUUCCGCUCGCGGUCUAGAAAAUUACCAAAUUUUGUAGUUUAGUUAGUCGCAAUGUGUGAAUAAUUACGGUUAAACGGUGCAAAAAUGCAACAUGUUCGAAUGUAACACCAGUUCGCGAGUGAAAAAGUACUGCAUCACAGUAGAAGGACCGUGUGUAGUUAGUGAAAAAGUUUUCUCUCCCUCGUCGAAUGAUCUUUUUUUGUUCUUCUGCUCCGAAGAGGAAAAAAGAGCUCAUCGCCGCCGUCGCCGUCGUCGUCGUCGGCUAGCAGCCGCAGUAGUAGAAGUAGCAGCACAAGCAGAAAGCAAAGGCAGCCGCAGCAGAAGCAGUACCUCUGCUUUGCUGAUGAAAAUGUAGCCCAUUUUUGGCUGAAAAAGGGCCGAAAAGCGUGAAAAAGUGUGCAAAUAGUGAAAACCAAUAGUGUGCAUUAAAAAAUAUGUGCAACAUCAGUGCAGUGACGGUGCACGAGCAAGUGAACAAUUUUCUGUUUCCUCGCAGGCAGGAAUUCGAGGUGGAAAAAUCAAUACUAAUAUAAAAAUUAACAAUGGCGGCUGUUUAGUUCGGGGAGGAGCUUUAAAUCGAUUCCUCAUAGAAUAAAACCUACACAACAUGGUGAUAUGAGUAACUUACACAAAUAAUUUAAUUGAUAUUAAUAGCGAAAAAAAAGAUUAGCAGCUGAGAAGAGUAUAGCUACUAGCAAUUGACAAAUUAAGAAGACAAAACAAAGUAGUAGCAAAUCGACAAAACAACAAUACAAGGAAAACACGAGGAGCUUUCGAUUUUCUCAUUUCUAAAAUGCACAGCAUGUUUAAGCAAACUAGCGAAAUUCAGCGUAAAGUCGAAAGGGUCAAACUAUUAAACAUUUCGCUCAAGCCGUUCAUUUUGUCUCGUGAUUAUUUUAACAUUCCUGCAUCAUCAUUUCUAUCAUCGACGUCGUUAUUGUUGCUCCAAUCGUCGUGGUCGUCAUCGUCAUCGCAGCAACGGCAAAACACAAAAGGACACCGUGCUGCUGCUGCUGCUACUAGUACGCCACACAACACCAGUAGCAACAAAGCGAUACUGUAUAAGUUGAUUGUUCAAACUUUGUUGGCCUUGUUCUUGGUAACAAAAUGCUGUGACGCAGCUAAGCAAGAUGCUUUACAAAGCGGCUCGGGGUGCGCUUUUCCAAAACGAUGGGAGGGACGAUGGUUUCAAUCCGGGGUACAACAGGAAAUUACUAUAGAAGGAUCAACUUUAAGUACUAGAGGAAGAUGUAUCGCUAGUGAGGGAGACAAAUUUUUAUUAGUGAACGAAAAAGGAUGUCAUCGAUGCGUUGUAAUAUACCAGAAGCAUAUAAACAUACUACAGUAUAAAGAAAGUGAGUGUGAAGAUAUGUAUACAGGCCAGUUGAAUCCGGCUGCAAUGCCUAUUCAUAGCGUUUUGAAAAGUGAUCAUAGUCGGGGGGCUCAUCCCAACAUGAACGGGCAUUCACGAUUAUCGUCAUCGGACCCGUAUAUACGGUCCAAUGAAGAUAGCGACAAUUGUAUGGGAUGCAAGGGACGCGAAACGUUGCACUACCUUUGUGAGCAGAUCCCCGGCGAUGCACUACUCUACAGUAUGUUCAAAAUCAACCCGGAACCCAUCAAAUGUCCACUGUCCGGUUCAUUCACAUUCACGUACAACCGAGGCCACGGGGAGUGCAAGAAUCCAGUGUCCAAAAUGGACAUGUGUACCGAAGACAGCAGAUUGCUGCUUAACUUCCAAGCAUGUCCCGAUGUACCGGGAACGGAGAGUACAGUGGAAGAAUUGACUUGCCUCGCCUGGUGGAAGGAUGGAAAUUCCCGAUAUCUAGUGGGUUUAGUUUCACACUAUCACGCCACAUCGAACGAGGAUCGAUUCCGGUGCUUCGUAUACGAAAAGAUUAGUGGUUCGGGAGCAGCGAAUGCAGAUGCCGAGUAUAAGUUGGCCCAAUCUGGUGACGCUACAUGUAAUGGGCUGGAAAGUGCUGAGGUCGGCUCGCGUAUCAUGACUCUGAGGCGAGCACCGAUGACGGAACGAUGUGAUUUUCCGGCUUGGUUCAAGGGUCCCCGACACUGGCAUGCAUUGAUGGGAAACGCCAAUUACAUUUUCCAUCCGAGUGAUGGUUCGUUACACAUCGUGAAACCGAGUGGGUACAUGGAGGCGCGGGCGCUUUGCGAGCAGAUCAACAAACAGACGGCCACGGAGAUGAUGGCCGUCGUUCAUCACACAACCGGAUGCACUUCUGGUUACAUGUGUGUGAUGUUCUACCGGCGGGAUACUCACGUAGCCGAGCUACAGAUGGGAACGCCUGCAGUUAGACUGGAGGAUGCGUGUACGACUGAGAAUUUUGACGUACAUCGGACUCCGUUUGUUACUCUAUUAGCAAACAACCCGGAGACCCAAAUCUGCCCGAUGGAGGGGUACUAUUCAAUUAAAGGUUUCCUCAUUCCUUCCUCGUCGAUUUCAAGGCACAAACGAAACCACAACUACAAAAACCGGAUGCACAGGCACCGGGAGGUGGUAAGCUUCCGUAACCAAGAAAACGCGGACAGCUACUACUACAGUAUGGAGAAGCGGAAAGCUUUCUCGCGGAUGAGGCGAACAGCCGCAGUAGCACAGGUGCUGCAGCAGCCUAGUGAUAAUGUCACGCAAGACUUUUACAGUUUAGAAUCUACCCGAACUCGUAGAGAAACGAUGGGAUGUAAUAUUAAUCACAAUACCAACAGACGUUUAUACAUAGGAUGUAAUGAAAACACUGUAAUAGAAGUUAAGCCAAAAUGUAAAAACGACGAAGAGGAAACGUACACCUGUCAUGGCCACUGGCAGGAAAACCAGACGACGUUUAUUAUCGCCAAGCAUCUCAGUUCACAGCAUGGCGUUUGCAUUAGCUACGUGCCAAUCGAAGGAAACCAGGUACAAGUAUACGUAGGUGAUACGUGUCACCGACCCGGGAUGCAGCAGCAGACCGAAAUUGGCACAACGAUUACAUCGGGCGGAUUCAAUGGUGGCAACAGUGGUACUGUAGCGGCAACUACCCAUAAAACUAUGUCGAACGUUACCGUUAUAGGCAAAUGCGGUGACACAAGCACAUCAAUCACGCUACACUACCACUACAACAAUGGCUGGAUGAUUCUCACUGUACUAUCGAUACUGUUGUAUAAUUCUAUCGUAAGAUGAUCAUGCUGUACAAUUCAAUGAACAGCAACAGCAUACACAGCACACCCUUGUCUGAUAUUAAAAACGCAUUGUUGGCAGCUUUGCCCGGGUAAAAUCCACUAAAGUGAAUGGAAAAAACAGUGAAUUUUGACGACAAAAAGACAAACAAAAAAACACACCCACUCAACGUAUGAAAAACACACAAAAAAAAAGUUGUACAUCUAUGUACAAAGUGAAAGAGAGACAGAGACGUAGAAUCCCAAAUAAAUUUAUGAUUUUUUAUUGUUUUA